AUGGCGUUCGAUUCGACAGAAGCUGGAGUUGCAGCCAGUAUAUUUUUAGGAUUGUACACUGCAUACUUUUUAUUGGCAAUAAAUGUUGUCCGACACGAGGGAUUCAAGUUUAUCUAUAGGAUAUUAUUGAUGUUUGGAUUAUUUAGAGUAGCGGGACAACUUUGUGGAGUUGCAUUUGCAAAGUUGGGAGUUGAGCAUUGGAAAUGGCUAAUCGCAUAUUUGGUGUUCACCGCAGAAGGGUACUUCACAUUAAUUGUUGCAUCAUUUUAUUUCAUUGUGCAGUGUCAGGUGAGGCAGAAGGGAAGAUCGUGGCUACUGAAUCAUAGAGAUGAAGUUGAGGAUGGUGAUGGGGCAAGUGAAGAAAGGGAAAUUGAUGAGAAUGGAAGUGAAGAGAGAGAAGCAUACGAGAAUGCAAGCGACGAAAAAGAGGAUUAUCGUAGAAAGAGCGACGGGGAAAUGAGUGUUGGAAAAUGGGACAAAAAGCCCAAGUCGGUGUCGUGGGCUAGUAUUUUCUACACGUUUUUAAUUCCGGCCAAUGCAUUUAUCGUUGCUGGUGGUUCACUUUUGACAGGGGCCAGCGCAGAAGAAUUACAAAAGGAAACAGGAAAUGUUAGCACAUCUAAGGCUUUAAGGACAACGGGCCAAGCUAUUUUUCUAUUACAAACAGGCUUAGUGGUUCUACUUCUGAUUUACGUGUAUGUCAAAGAGAAAAUAAGAGGUCGCACCAUUUAUUUGUUGUUUGCAGCUUCCCCAUUUUUGCUUGUGAGAGGUAUAUUUGGAAUCUUGUCCAUUUAUGUUGACAAGAUGAAUUACUAUAAACUUUCGAAUUAUACUGCGGAAGGUUUAACUCCAAGUUUCGUUGCAUACGAAUACUGUCUUGCCACCACAAUGGAAUUUAUGGCUGCAUGCUUAUUGAUUUCCAAUUACUACCUUGACCGAGAUGCAAAAGUGGCUGACCGAGAGAAGAUCAAGGAGUUCGAAAAGGAAAGCUUCUUCAAAAAGAUCCUAACUAUUGUAGUCCUUCUGUAG